UAAAAUAGAAUUGAUUAAAAAAAGUAAAAAUUAAGUGAAUUUCAAACGAAGUACCAAAGGAUAACCUACUAGAUUUAACUUUAAAAAUAUUAUACACCUACAGAGCUAUAAAAUAUUCGAAAAAAAAAUUGUUACUGUGAUUAAGUAAAAAUUGCAACAAUAAAAACUGCAAAUAUGAUAUACUAAUUUGCUGGUGUUCUUCUGCUCAAGACCAAUAAUUCUGGAAUAGAAACUGCUGAAAGCAUUAAAAAACGAUAAACGAGACGAUUUAUUUCGAACGCAUCUCGUCGCCUAUCACUGUUCGUAAGAAAAUAUUUUUAAAACCACAAAAAAGCCAACAACAAACCGACCAAACAACCAAUCAGGCAACCAACCAAACAAAAGCACGCGCCUACACAUAAACACGCACAUAUGUACAUACAUACAUACAUGCAGAACUUCAAUCGCGUAUAGGGAGAAGUAAAAAAAAGAAAAGAAAAAUCGAAUAUUGACAAAAACAACGAAGAACAAAAAAAUGAUCGCCACAGCAGCCGCCAACACACAACAACAACUGGAUGCCAUGCAAACAACGAACGUCACAAAGAUGGAGAGACGUGACUCAACCACAUCCGAAUCAUCACUGGAACAUUUGGAUUUGGGACGUACACCAAAGAAGCUAAGCUCACACUCAUCGGCCACAUCGACGCCGAUGCAUACGGCCGCCACAACCACCACAACAAGCAACAACAAUAAUAGUGUUAGCAAUAUUAACAAGAACAAACAAACAAACAGAAAUAUCAACAAUGAAUUAUUGAAUAUAAAAGAAGCCAACAACACAACCACAACUGCGCACCAUCAACGUCACAGCAAUGACUCGGAUGAGGCUAACGACUACGAUGACGAUGAUGAGGAGUCGCCGGAUGAACAGUGUGGCAGUAAACAGAAUGCACACAGCGCGAGAUCACAACGUCAUCACAAACGUCGCAGCACCGGCGCACGUCUAGACAAACGUACCAGCGUACAUUUGGAAUUCAAUGCGGAUGAUCCGGAUUCGCUGCGUAAGAAAUUCCGUUUUAAUCGCAGCACCUCCGCCUCCGAACAAAUUAGCCAAAAUAAUAAUGAGUCUGGUUUUGUGGACGCCAGCUGUAGUAGUCAUUAUCUGAAUGCGUCGGCUGUAUCAUUAGCAGCGGCGGCGGCAGCAGCAGCAGCGGCUGUCCCGUCGGCCAUGUCUACAACAACAUCACCACAUAGUGUACCUGUUGCUGUGGGUUUGAAUGUGACGUCGCCGCAUAAUUCAAUGUCUGCAUCGGCGUCAGCUUCGGCCUCGGCGACGGGCUCACACAGUUCAUCGUCGGCUGCUUCAUCGCCUCGUGGUUGUGGCACGGGUUUGGCUAUCGGUUCAUCCGCCUCGGUAUCAAGUCCCGAAUCGGGUAUCGGUGAUAGAGAUCGUGAGGAUAUGAAAUUUGUAUGUACCAUUUGCGACGUGGUGUCGGCCACACGACAUGAAUUCACAAAUCAUAUACGUUGCCACAACUAUGCCUCGGGUGAUACGGAAAACUACACCUGUGCUAUUUGCUCGAAGGUACUCUCUUCAGCCUCCUCAUUGGAUCGGCAUGUGCUGGUGCACACCGGCGAACGACCCUUCAAUUGCAAAUAUUGUCACCUCACCUUCACCACCAACGGUAAUAUGCAUCGGCACAUGCGUACGCACAAACAGCAUCAGCAUAAUCAUCAUCAUCGUCGUAACUCGAAUGGAACAAAACAGCAUACCAGUCAUAGUCAUAACACCAGCGCCAACAACAACUCAGCGUCGGGUACUCGUAAUACGAGCACAGCCGGAACAAACGGCUCUGUCUCAGCCACAGCCACAGCCGCCACUUACGCGCAAUUAAGCCACCAACACGAUUUGCAUGGGGAAGGUGCAAAAUCAACAACGACAACAACAACAACAACAGCAUCAGUCGACGUAAAUGCGGUGACAGAUGCUGGUAUGAGCCACGCAACUGGCGCAGUCAUUGGUGGUGUUGUUGGUGGGCCAGCCGUUGUAGGUGUUAAUGGCAAACGCUUACACAGUAGCGGCGUGGAAAGUUGCGAAAGUGACGGUGGUUGCUCAACAGAUUCCUCAUCAAGUGCCAUCAGCCAUAGCUCAAAUAAUAAUCUCAAUCAUAAUAAUAAUAACAAUAACAACAAUAAUAAUAGCGACAACAACAACAAGAAUAUGAUUAAUAACAUCAACAACAACAACAUAAUGAGCAAUAAUGCACAAACAACAAAUAAUUACAGCACCAACAUCAACGCAAAACGCCAUAGUUUGGGUAAUUUUAAGCGCAAGAGCAGUGAUCAACCUGACGCCACAGACGCCGACGACCUGACAAUGAUGACAGCGAUCAAGCGACGCGUGAAGACUACCAUAAACAACAAUACAAUGAUAAUCGGGGAGGAUGUGGACGAGGUUGGUGCACGACCCGCCCUGAUGGCACACAAUGCGAUCGAGAGCGCAUUGGGAAUGGUUAAAACCAAUGCUUCUUCUGCAUCGGAGGAUGCCGGUACGACUGGUGAUGAUUUGGAUGAUAAUGGCGUCGAGCAAAAGCCUUACAUCGCCUGCCUUGUCUGCCCGGUGUGUAAUACUGAGGACUUUGCAGACUCGCACGCGUUGGAUGCCCAUUUGGACAGUCAACACGCGGAUAUACCAGCCAAGUGUCGACAGUGUGAGGUCGUAUUCCGCACACAUCGCCAAUUAAGCUUGCAUCCAUGCACGCAGCGUCUGCUGGGGCAACGUCCAAUGCCCGUGGUGGAGUGUUUCAAGUGCGGUCGGAGUUUCGAGAGUGACAGCGCUUUGGAGUUGCAUGCACGCGAAUGCGUUACAAGUGUGGAGCGUCCCGUGCGGCGUAGCCGUAGCUUAAGCGAUAGCUUUGCUACCGCGCCAUUAACGGAGGCCGAGUUGGAGCAUAAGACGAGUCAGUUGCGCAAUAACUUUUUUCGUCAAUUGUAUUUACAAAGCCAGAAGCCUUUCUGUGCACAAAGCUUGAUCUCAUUACCCUCGCCGCAACACUCUAUGCAUGAGGAGGAUGUGGAUGUAGAUACAGCAAAUGUAAGCAAUACCGACAUCAAACUUGAAGCUGAUAAUGAGCCAACAGACCAAUUGAGUAGCAAUUUGCUCUCACAACAAUCGCACGACUCAAAGGACCUGGCUGACAUACAGUCGAUUCUUAAUAUGACUUCGUCUUCGUCGACUUCGAAUUUCUUGAAGAAUUUUGAACAAUCCGUGAAUACGCCAUCUAGUAAUUACAGCUUGGAUAAAGACGAGGAGGAGGCACAGGAUGCUUUCACAUCAGAGUUUCGCAAAAUGAAGUUGCGCGGCGAAUUUCCUUGCAAACUUUGCACGGCCGUUUUCCCCAAUUUACGCGCACUGAAAGGCCACAAUCGUGUACACCUGAGCUCCGUCGGCCCGGCAGGUCCAUUCCGUUGUAAUAUGUGCCCAUACUCUAUAUGCGAUAAAGCUGCGUUGGUACGUCACAUGCGCACACACAAUGGCGAUCGGCCUUAUGAAUGUGCUGAGUGCAACUACGCAUUCACCACCAAGGCCAACUGCGAACGACAUUUGCGCAAUCGUCAUGCAAAGACCACACGUGAUGAGGUGAAACGAUCCAUCAUUUAUCACCCUUCGGAAGACUCGACAUGUGAUGACCCUGCCAAAAAGAUGCACAUGUUCUCCUCACCGGAUUUCGAUGAUGAGAUGGACUUGCAGUAUCAACAACAUCAGCCCAAAGACCGCUCUACACCCGUCUCGCAUCUCAAGGAGAUGCUCACUUCUGAAAGCCCAGCCACUAAACCAAUGAAGAUACAAGUUAAAAGUUUAGAACAGUUGCUUGAUAAAUCUACCGGCUCCGUUGGCAGCUAUGGUGAAUCAUAUGAUGAACGCACACCAGCGCCGCCCAACAUGCAGCAUGCAGAAGUAGCGCCCAUCGAUCUAAGCAUGGAUGUCUUAGAUUUGAGCAAGAAACCCACAGCAAAGUCAGUUGAGAAAGAGAUUGCACCGCCGGUCGUACCAACAACUGCGGAAAAUGUGGUUGAUCCCGAGAAGAAACUGGACUUUUUCUCUUUGGUAAAAGAAAACUUGAACAUGCCGAAAAUGCUUGAGCUGUGGAGCUUGUCAACACAAUUACCCUUCAUACCCGAUUUUGGCCCUCUAAUGAAUCAGAUGUUCGCUGGCAACGCUGCUGCAGCAGGUAACCCCUUUAUGCCACCCGGUUUUGACCUGAAUAAAGGAAACAUGUCCGCAUCAGCAAAUAUGACACCGCCCAUGUUGCCACAUAUGAACUCACUAAUGAUCGACAAGCUAAACACGCAUCCACAUGCCACACCAGAUCCCAAUAUAAUGAAUCAAAUGCUACCAUCGCCGCUAAUGACGCCACCGCCACCCAACUCGGGCAUGAGUAUGUCGCGUCAUUCGCAAAUUCCACCCACCGUACUGCCGGGUGGGCCUGUGAAAAUGGUCAUAAAGAACGGCGUACUAAUGCCCAAACAGAAGCAACGCCGUUACCGCACCGAGCGUCCCUUCGCCUGUGAACAUUGCUCGGCACGUUUUACACUCCGCUCGAAUAUGGAGCGUCACGUCAAGCAACAGCAUCCACAGUAUUACGCACAACGUCAUCGCAGCGGCCAUCACAGCAUGCGUGGACGUGGCGCUAGUAACGCUUCGACAAUUAACAGCAUUACGCAUCUUCAAGCGGCAAUAGCGCAAGCUCACAACACCGUCAAUCAAGCACAAGGCAAUGGUCUGGGCGCUUCACCCAUUUCAGACCAGGUAAAAUACGCUAUUUUGGCGCAGCAGCUGAAGGCACGUAAGGAUACCGACUUGCUGCAGCAGGCACUCGCUCACGGCUCCAGCAGCAUUGCGAAUAACCAUCACAUGCUGCUGAAUGCUGCCGGUGCGGCACUUGGACCACUUGCCCCACCCAACGGCCUACAAUUCUCCUUCAACCCAUUGACGCAGCCUACAAACGUCAAUGGCUCCAUUGAAGAUGAUGAACCUAAAUUGGUGAUUGACGAGGAUGACGAUGAUGAUGAUGAUGUCGAAGAGAUAGUCGAUGACAACGAAGAGGAGGAGGAAGAGCAGCAGUUGGCAAAUGAGCAUUUUGAAAAUAUGCGCAAAUUCCAAACACCAAUGCCAGUGGCGGAGGAGGUGAAGACAGCAGCGGCAGCUACUACUGAACCCGGCAAUGAGACCGCUAAGAAAGUAGCAGAAACAAUUCUAGAGCAGGCUAUUAAAACUGGGCAAAAACUGAAUCAAGCCGCUAGUAAACAGCCCAGCUCAACAUUUGUAGCGAAACCUGCGCCAGUCAAACCUGUCACAGCGCCAACACCAACUGCACCUGCCGCACCGGCCAAUACAAUGAAAGCCAUGAUCGCGCAAGCCGAGUCUGUGGGCAAGUUUCUGAAAGAGGUGGCAAGCUCACCCUUCAAAGACGAGUCUCAAGACUUGGUGCCUGUUGCCAAACUUGUCGACAAUGCGACCAACAAUACCGUCUCAUUCAACAACUAUUUCCGCCCCAGCGAUGUCGCCAAUCAUAUGGAACAGAGCGACGAAGAGGGUUUGGUAGCGUCUGGCAGUGCCAGCGAAAGCAAUCAUUCCGGCACCGAAGACGUAGCCGCGCCAGCCGAACCGAAAAAGAAAUCAGCUUACAGUUUGGCGCCGAAUCGUGUGUCGUGCCCCUACUGCCAACGCAUGUUCCCUUGGUCCAGCUCACUGCGACGUCACAUACUAACGCACACCGGCCAGAAGCCAUUCAAGUGUUCGCACUGUCCGCUGCUCUUCACCACGAAAAGCAAUUGCGAUCGGCACUUGCUACGCAAACACGGCGAUGUGGAAUCCGCUGUGUCGGUAUACGUGCCAACAGAAGAUGUCAACGAGCCGAUACCGGUGCCAAAAUCUGUCGAAGAGAUCGAGCAACAACAGCGGCAACGCGAAGAGGAAGUGCGCAAACGUAAAGCCGAUGAACAACAAGCGGAACGAGAGCGCCGUGAGAAGGAGCAACGCAUGCAGCUGGAAAAAGAACAACAAAACAAACUCUUCAAGCAAUUAGCUGUCGCACAACUACAACAACAACUCAACGCCGCUUCAAUGAGCGCCACGGCCAAUACCCCAAUGAAUGUAGCCACAAACGCCGAAGCCGAUGCACGCGCCAAAGAGAAUCUCUCACAGCUCAACGCCGAUUUGCCAUACAAGUGUCAUCUGUGCGAAAACUCCUUCGCCGAACGCUACAACUGUCUGGAACACAUCAAGAAACAGCAUGCCCCAGAGUUCACGCUGCUCUUGAGCAAAGGCGCAAUCGUCAGCGAGGCCGAGGCAAACCAAACACAAUUCAUCGAAGAUGAGGAGCGACGUGCGGGCGAAGAGGCAAACAACUUUGCAUUACUGCCCAAAUUGCCGGCCUACACCAAUCGCAAAGUCAUUUGCGCCUUCUGUGUGCGUCGCUUCUGGUCAACGGAGGAUUUACGACGUCACAUGCGUACACAUUCCGGCGAACGGCCAUUUCAAUGCGAAAUCUGUUUGCGUAAAUUUACACUGAAACACAGUAUGUUAAGACACAUGAAGAAACAUAUAAAUCGUGCACAAAAUGGCGCAGCUGGUGGAGAUGGCGCCUCGGGUUUGGCUAAUAGUGGCUCAGAUUUCUCAGAUGAUGAACAAAUGCCUACACCGACAACUACAUCGGCGGCGGAAAAUAUAAUAAGCGCUGCCGUUACGUCCACAACAACCACAACCGCAGCGGCAUGCGCACUGCGUACGCCGAAAAUUCAGGAACUACUGAGCAAGACGAGCGAAUGGCGUAGUGCACACUUGGCUGGUGAGCAAAAGGAGAACAUUGCCGAAGAACAACCGAAUGGACUGCACAGUGAUCUGAUUGGUAAUCUCUUAGGUAUAAGUGAUCAGGGUAUACUCAAUAAGUUACUCUCGUCGGCGGAUGAGGCAGCCAAGCUGUUGGGUGUGGAGAAAUAAGCUGUUUCCAAGCGGAAAGUUGUAGGGUUAUAAUGAAAAUGUCAAGUAUCAGCACCCUUUACACUGACUUCAUCUAGUCAAAAA